AUGCACCAGUGUCGCAAUCUGGACAAGAUAAUAUCAUGGGGUGUCUCAAAUGCAGCGAAAAUUCCAAACUACCGUGCGAUUCGUUUGGAGGGCCAGAUUGAUCUCCCACAAGAUGCGUACGCCAUCCUUCUACUCGUCAACCAUGAUUUGUUCGAGGAUGACGACGACGAGUUCGUGUGCGGGCGCGCGUACGGUGCAAGUCGUAUUUCCGUCAUAGCUACAGCAAGGUAUAACCCAGCAUUGGAUGGUAUCCAGGAAGUAGAACGGGAACACGCUUGGCCGGCUUCACACUGCCAAUCAUACAUCAUGAAAUGCAUCGAUGCCUCAGAUUCAACAAAGCACCCAAAGAAAAAGUCCAAGGUCGACUCUGACUUGAAUGUACAAGACGACCAGAACGCCACGUCACCGAUGCGCGCGGCUCUUUCGGCGUACGUUAACACACCUCCCCUCACCAAUAGUUCACCACAGGACAUCAUCACAGGCACCUGGCUGGCGCGAGUCUGUCGUACGUCAAGCCAUGAGCUAGGGCACUGCUUUGGAAUGGACCACUGCGUGUACUAUGCGUGCAUCAUGCAAGGAAGUGGAACUGUGAUCGAGGACGUAAGACAGCCUCCAUAUCUGUGUCCGGUGGAUUUAUCCAAACUUCUAAAAGCGUGUGGUACAACAGAGGAAGCACAGCUAGAGGCACUAUUGGUCUUUUGCGAGCGUUUCCCAAAGGUGCAGUUAUUCAUGGCAUUUGCUGCUUGGAUCCGUGCGAAGAGGUUAAUAGAUGGGGGAGCAUAG